CGUUUCGCCCUUGACAACAAACAUGGCGUCGGCGACAAAGAUCAUUCAGUGGCUGCGGAAUUGGGCGGCAGGGAGGAAUCUCCAAGCUAAGUUGCAGCUUCGAUACACUGAAAUUGCUUCCAGAAGCCCACCCGCACCAAAACUCCCAGUCGGCCCCAGCCAUAAAUUCUCAGAUAACUACUACUGCCUACGAGAUGGUCGUCGAGAGACAUCUCCACCUACAAUUAUAUGGUCAUCACAGAAAGCAUUAGAAGCAGGAGCACAGGCAACCAGCAGUGAAAGCACUGUAGCAACCACCGGUGAUAAGAAACCAGUUCAGCCUGGACAGCCAGUCAAGAUGAAACUUUCCACUGAUCAACCUUAUCUGUGACCAUAAUAGGAUGUGAUUGUGAACUCUGACACUUUAUAGGUGGUGUUGUCUAAUGGGAAGUGUUGGAGCUACUGGAGUUACAACAUCAGGUAUCCAUGUGGAAACACUGCUGUUCUGUUUCAUUUUGGGUUAAUGAACUGUUCGUGUAAAUUGACUCAGUAAACAUUCAUGUUAAUAAACAUUGUGUGUCAAAUUGUUUAAAACUGUAGCCAUACUUCUUGUGUGAACAAGCAUUUUAAUUCUUGUUCCUGCUUAUAACCCUUGAAGAUAAUAAGGAUCAAGAUUUUACAUUUUUUUUAGUUUUACAUCUGAAAUGUUAAGCUCCUUAUCGAGACAUUUAUCAAAAGUUGUAAUUUCUGUUUUCAUUUCAGUAUGUACCUUGACAUUACUGGAAAAAAAGCUAUCUUAUUAUUCACUGGUUAUUUGUAAUUAUAGUGAUUGGCCUGCUCACUUCAGAUCACUGUCUGAGAGCUAUAGUACUCACGCUGUGGGAAAGCACCUCGGGGGGAAAGGGUGACUUGCCUCGUCAAGCCAUGUGUUUUUGUUACUACCCUGCACCAAGCAGUAA